AUAGAGGCAGGAGGAGUUGGUGGAAAAAUAUCAGCAGCGGGAAGUUGGAGCGAGUAAACAGAAGCAGAAAGUGCAACGCAAUAUAGAAUACAGUGUAACGUAUACCAUAACUGUAUUAUUUAAAGUUUCAGUUGUUGGUUGUUGGUUGUAUGUUGGAGCAUAAGUAAAGAGAGUUGAAGAGAGUAGACAGAGCUCUGGCUUCGGUGGACUGUAAAACAACAGCCGUAACCGAGCCAUGGCGAUGGCGGGCUUACAAGACGAGGACAAAGCAUUAUUUCCCGUACGAAGUAUAUCAUCUAUUGUACAAAUAUUUGAAAAGCAGCUGUCAAACAAUAACAGUGAACCAGAUUUAACGCUGCUGUCGAUACUUGUUGGAGCUGUUGAAAAUUCAUUAACCUGCAACCGUACAGUAGCGUCACCGGAGAAUACUAUUUACGAUGAACCAAAAUUACCAGCUCUUGAAUUUCAUAUUGCUGAAGCACUCUACACUAAAUUUCAUGCGAUAAUAAAAGGCGCAAUUGAUUUAACGCUCUAUGACAGCAAAUACGCGUCAAGAGAGCUUGUUAAACGUGUAUCAGAUGUUAUUUGGAAUUCGUUGACAAGAAGUUAUUACAAAGAUCGUGCUCAUUUACAAAGUUUGUAUAGUUAUUUAACCGCUAAUAAACUUGACUGUUUUGGAGUUGCAUUUGCGGUUGUUGCUGGCUGUCAAGCAUUGGGAUUCAAAGACGUACAUCUUGCUAUGUCUGAGGAUCAUGCGUGGGUUGUUUGUGGUGAGGAUGGUAGUGAAACUGUCGAGGUUACGUGGCAUGGUAAAGGGAAUGAGGAUAAACGUGGACAGCCGGUAGAAGCAGGUGUUGCGUCACGCUCCUGGUUAUACGUCAAUGGGAAUGCUGUUGUUUGUACGAGAGCGAUGGAAGUCGCAACAAUAGUAUCUGCGAUAAAUCCAAGUUUAAGUGCAACUGCGGAUGCUGCAGAGGUUGCAUUACUGCAGCAAGAAUUGUUGUGGCUACUCUAUGACUUGGGACACUUGGCUAAGUACCCAAUGGCACUGGGAAACUUGGGUGAUCUAGAGGAAGCUGCUCCUACACCUGGAAGACCGCCGGCUAUUGUUCUCUUCCAGGAAGCUAUUAAGUCGGCGAGAAAAUACUAUGGUAAUGCUCAUGUUUAUCCAUACACGUAUCAAGGGGGAUAUUUGUACCGACAUGGACUACACGCAAAUGCUUUAGCAUCUUGGGCAGACGCUGCUGAUGUUUUACGAAAGUAUGAUUAUUCACGUGACGACGGUGAAAUAUAUAAAGAGUUAUUGGAAAUAGCCAAUGAAUUAAUACCACACACAGUUAGAGCAGAUGAACGAUUAUUGCGGCAGCCCCGUUGUUUUGCGUAUUUACUCCGCUUUUAUGACGGAAUAUGCCAGUGGGAGGAGGGAGCAAACACACCCGUACUUCAUAUAGGUUGGGCAAGACCAUUGGUAAAUACAAUAUCGAAAUUCGAUGCUAGUAUUCGGGCACAAGUUAUUAUUGAGUGCCAUGAUGAACCAGUGGCUUACAGCAAACACGACGACGAUACUGGAUCGCGACGUGAAGCUAGUCCCGAUGAUCGAUUUCUUAAUAACAAUAACACAUCAGUCAGUAAUAAUAAUACUAUAAGUAAUAAUAAUAAUAAUAACAACAAUCAUAGUAAUAAUAAUAAUAAUAAUAAUAAUAAUAAUAAUAAUAGUAAUAAUAAUAAUAACAACAAUAACAAUUAUUGCAAGACUAAAGAACGCAACAAUGUUGCGCGUGAUUUAAUAGCAAAGCUGGAAUCAAAAGUACCAUCCAAUAACACAGCGCCGAUGCAUCCAAGUAUACAGGCUUUGACGGCAGCAUGCAGUGAAAAAAUAUUAAAUCGUGAUUACUUAAUACAAGGUGAUGGUGAGCCAUUUGUUGCGCCACAAGAUAACUCACUACCGCCUACACCUUCCACAUCACAAGAGAGUCUCGACCCAGAAGUCGAAAUAGACUCGGAAAAUGAUAGUCCUAAGAUAACAUUGUAUAGUGAAAAAAUGAAAGGACUUAAAGAUUUAUUAUUAGCUGAAAAAUUAAAUACACAUGCUAUUUCAUUACAAUUAACAGCACAGAGUCAAGUGCAGAUUGGUAAAAAAACCAGGGGCAAUGAUGAUAUUGGAUUACAUCAGCGUCCAAAGAGGACACGUCGCGAGUAAUAAUUUUUUGUUUAUAAUUAUUUUCUUUUGACACAGAAAUUCACUCUCCAUAACUUAUAUAUCUAUACCUUCAUAGAUAUAUAAAUAUAAAUAUGUAAUUUUAUUGGAUCGUUUAGCCGACUCUUGCGCAAAAGCUCCAAUCAACAUAGUUGUUUAAUACUAUAGAUAUAUUUACUUAUAUAAUGGUAUUAAACAACUAAAAAAUUUCUCCUUUUUGAUUAAUUUUUUUGCCAGUCAACAUAAAAAGCAUUAGAUCUUAUAUUUUAUAAAUAUAUAUUAUCGGUUGAUCAGAUUUUUUCACUUGUAUAGAUCAAGUGAAAGUUAAAGUAAUAUUUUAAUUCAUUUAGUAUAAGUACAUUAGGUGGUAUUAAAUGUAAGUAGAAGAGUACAAAUCUCCCUUGUAUCUUUUUUAUUUAUUUACAUCGCGCGCUACUUGCCAUUUUUUUUUU